GGGUUCCGACUCUCAGCGCUCACUUCGUUCCUAGCUGGCCAUUCAGAAUUGCGCAAACGAAUUUCUCGCUUCAGCUGAACUUCCUGUUUCUCGACUCCAUUGCCAUCCUUCAAGUAAAAUAAAAAUUAAAAAAAUGACCAGUUCAGCGUACUUAACCUUCAUUGUGCUGUCAGUACUGGCUAUCAUCUACACAGUUGCAAGUGAAUCAUUGGAUCAGGAUCGGAUGGAUCUUCCUGUUCUGCAGAAAAGACCCUUCUGCAAUGCGUUCACCGGAUGUGGCAGAAAGCGAUCCAACCUCAGAGGCAGUGAUGCCAGCGAUCUCUUCGGAUCCAGACAGAGCAACUCCCAGAACAAGCUGUACGCUCUUCUGCAGCAAAAGAUGGCCGAAGUCGACGCUCUUCGAGGAAUUCUGGAUGAAGUAAGCAACAAAAAGUGAAGAUUCGUCUGACGUAAGCCCAAGUCCGAAUGUAUGUCUGCAUAUCGCAUACUUUUCCUGUCUUUUAUCGUAGAUUAACACAUGAUUCGACUUACUUGUGUUCCACCCUUGGUCUCCUCUAAAGUGUUUCGGUUGUUCAUUCUAGAAAUUUUCCCAUCGAUGUGAUGUAACUUCAAAACUGAUCAAUAAAUUAUCAUGGAUUUAUGUAAUGAACCGCUGUGAAUAAAGUAGCUUUUCAUUUCUAAAAUCUUCACAGUUGAUUAUUAUGAGAAAUGAAUGUAACAAA